AUGCUUGAGCAAAUGUUCUUACAGGGAAAAAUUCAUGCGAAAGAUCGGAUGAUGGCUAAAGAUAUGCAUGUUAGGUUGAAAGAAUUCGCAGAUAAUGGUGAAUUAGAACAGGAUGAAGUGCCAAAAGUUUCAACAAUUCAAAGAUGGAUAUCACAGUACCACAAAACGUUUUUGGAUCAGGCAACAAGAACCGCACUACAAUCUAAUUUGGGCGAAGACAUUUCAGAGGGAAGAUUAAUUUUAGCAGUAGUUUUUUUCAAACUAUCGAGGCGGACUAAAUUAAAUGAACCACCUCUUGUUUAUUAUCGAUUUCCGAUUAUCGGGCAUACUUGGAGUUUUGUAACAGAUUGCGAAAAGUUAAUGUUAGAAUCUCGAGAAAAGUAUGGAGAGACAUUUUCGUUAUAUGUAUUAGGUCAAGUAAUGACUGUAGUUGGAAAGGAAACAACUCAUGAAGUAUUAAAAAAAGAUCAAGAUUUUAAUUUUAAUGAAGGUUUUAGAACGCUAGUGCCGUUUCAUUCCGUAUUUAGUCAUCUUACGAGUCUCGAUAAAAAUCAUAAAAUAAUAAGAGACUAUGUCGUAGGAAAAUUAAAAUAUCUUACAAGUAGGUUACAAAAAAAUAUUAUUAAGGCUAUAGAUCUUUAUAUUGGAGAAUGUGUUGAGCCGAAGGUUAUUCGUGAUCCACCUAAAACUUUAUCAGAUAUUAUUGCAAUUCCAAUUGCUAACAUUAUUGUUGGUGAAGAUUGUUGCAAUUAUGAGGAUAUAUUAGAAACUUUUAAAACCUUGACGCAUUCAGUUAUGAAAAUUUUUUUUGUGCCACCAAUAUUAUCUUUUAUACAUCCCUGGCUUCAUAAACAAUUUGUCACAAUUCCUUUAAGGUUUGGUUGGAAUCCGAUUUCAAAUCAUAGAAAGUUAAUUAUCAGUCGUAUUAAGCCUAUUAUCGAAAAACGUCUUUAUGAUAAAAAAAGAUUAGGUGAUGCUUGGAUUGCUCCAUUAGAUGCAUUACAAUGUUACUUAGAUGAUCCAGAAACAACUCCUGAUCUUGAUCCAAAUAAUGUAAAUUAUAAUUAUAUUGCCGAUGCGAUCGGUCAUUUUAUUGUUGCUGCGAUGGCAACUACGUCUGAUAGUGCUACCCAAAAUAAACAACAAUAUUGGCAAGAAUUAUAUCAGGAGGCUCAGAAUAUUAAUAAUCAGUAUGAUGGAAAUGAACUUACAUCUAAUGAUAUUGCCAGAAUGGUGAAGUUGGAUAAUUUUGUUAAAGAAUCUUUAAGAUUAUCUAUUGGUGUAGUUGGUUUGCCGCACAAAUGUAUUUCUAAAUCUUAUUAUACGUUUGCGAAUGAAUAUCAAGUUCCAAGUGACCGCAUAGUCAUUUUAAACUUUAGUGAUACGAAUAAUGAUGAAGAACUUCAAGGCCCAAAUCCCACAGAAUUCAAUGCAUACCGCCAUCUGGAACGUAAUUCACCCGCAUCAAAACUCGAACGUAAUUUUUUGACAUUUGGAGGCGGAAAACACGCGUGUCCGGGUAGAUUUUUAGCUGUUGAUGGAAUUAAAGUGUUUUUACAUAAAGUUAUAUUAAAAUAUGACAUUAGAACUGAAACUAAAGGUACUGAAAAUAUUGAAACUAAAAAAGUAUAUUUUGGACCUUUACCUGGGCCAAUAAAAGGUGGUAUUGUGUUUGAGAAUAGAAAGGAAAUUGCAAAUUAA